GUCAAAGGGCGUGCCGGCUUCCGCUUCCAUCACUGUUUCGGGCCGCUCAGCCGUCUCCGAGGCGACGCGGGGCCGAGCCGGGCUCCCCUCGGGUCGUGAGAAUGAAUCAGCUGCUUUAAUAUCAAGAUUAAUUGCAGAGUAAUUUCAUUCUUAAUUCAGAGGACAAUCAUGCAACCCAAGCUCUAGACAAACCUUCAGGUUAUCGAGAAAGGUUGAACAGAUAAAAAAGAUGAAGCUUUACAGUCUAAGUGUUCUUUACAAAGGUGAUCCCAAAGUGCACUUACUGAAAGCUGCUUAUGAUAUCUCAUCAUUUAGCUUCUUCCAGAGAUCCAGCGUUCAAGAAUUUAUGACCUUCACAAGUCAACUGAUAGUAGAGCGUUCAGAGCUUGGAAGCAGAGCUUCUGUAAAGGAACAAGAAUACCUCUGCCAUGUUUAUGUACGGAAUGAUGGUUUGGCUGGCGUGGUAAUUGCAGAUCAUGAAUAUCCGUCCCGGGUUUGUUUCACAUUGUUGGAUAAGGUACUUGAUGAAUUUUCUAGGCAAGUUAAUCAGAUAGAUUGGCCUUCUGGAUCUCCAACAACGAUAACCUAUACAGCAUUGGAUGGAUACCUUAGUAAAUAUCAGAAUCCCCGUGAUGCCGAUGCAAUGACAAAAGUGCAAGCCGAAUUGGAUGAGACCAAAGUUAUCCUGCACAAUACAAUGGAGUCCUUGUUAGAACGAGGAGAGAAACUGGAUGACUUAGUGGCCAAGUCAGAGAUUCUUGGAAAUCAGUCUAAAGCCUUUUACAAAACUGCCCGGAAGCAGAAUUCAUGCUGUGACAUCAUGUGACUCCAUCCACCGUGUACCUUCACCGCCUGCUUUGGACUGUCUGGAUUUGAUCUGAUUUCAUGACUCCUGGAGAGAGAGAGAGGCAGCACCUAACAUGUAACUACUACAGCAGCAGUAGCAGCAGCUGUUGUUUCCAGAUUCAGCCGUCUCAGCCACACCGGAGGCAAGAAAUACCAUGAUGGGGGGGUGUGUGGUCCAUGAAAUUAAAACCUUAUUUGGAAAAAAAAAAAAACCCUUUCAUGGAAAGAGAGUAUCUGGGAUAUUAGGUUGAUGACCCAAAGGGAGUUGAGAAUGGUUCCUGGUGCUUACACAUAUUCCUGUUUUGGUCAUUGGUUGAUGCCUGCGUAGGGAUUUGCUGCUGCUCCUUUCCAAAACUACAAAGAGAUGUGGAAUCCUUGUGCAUACUUAAGAGUAAGGUAAAGAGUUUGGCCAUCUGAAAAAUGCCUCCCCCCCCCCCCGCCCCCCAAGCAUUGCACAGUGUCCUUGUGUCUUAAAAUGUUGGAUGCCGAUUUGCAGAAGUGAAGCAAAACCCAAUCCGUUUUGAACCCAUUCAGAAUUAUUCAGAGAAUACGGAUCUCUGCAUUCUGCAUGAAAGGAAAAGGAAAAAAAAAAAGAUCUCUUAAGGCAGCCCGAGAACUGAUUAUACUUAGUAAUAUAGAAGAAAUUCCAAAGAGGUGGGAAAGCGGGUUUAGGACUUAAUAUGGAUCUGCUUUUACGUUUUCUCUUGAUUCUAGGUGGGAAAUUUCUUUCCAAUCUUGAGUCAGACUUUCUUUUGUUUUUGCCAAGGAUAUGAACAGCAGCAUUUAGGUCCCUUUUUUUAAUCUGGUAUCGUUGCCGCUGAUCAAACCCGUGAUGUCAUUAAGAAGGGAUCAUGUGGCACUACCUCCUUGCCUGCCCUUGGAUAGUGCAGUUUGUUUAGGUUGGGUUUAUUGAUGAAAAGCUGGUGACUCAUUCUAGCCGAUGGCUUGCCAUUUCUAUACUGUUCAGCAGGAGGUGGAAUGAAUGGGGAGCUGUAUUGCAACCCUUGGCAUACCUUCUCACGUAUUAUGGCUGCUGCCCUGACAGUGAACCUGCCCUGGUAUUAACCAGCAGCCCUUCUUGAACAUACUGCACCCAAAAGAAUAAGCUGCUGUUUUACACUAGCCAUUUUACCAGAGCCUUGUAGAGUAUGAGCGAUCCUGUAUUGGGUAUGUGUGUGUGUGUUAGUUGCUGCAGCGUAGUCGUCUUGUAAUGUCUUCGGCCAAGAGUACUUUCUCCCACGGAUGGAGAAUUCGUCCCCGCUGGUUUUGUGUAAAUGUAGGAAAUGUUGUUAAUGCUUUUGUCUUUCCGUCAGUGGCGUCUCGGCUCCAAGGCCCAGUCUGUCUUUUGCAGGGUGGGGGCCAGGGUGGGUAGGGAUACCGUUCUACAGUUGUAUUUCUGCCUUCCUCCCCAAGUGUUUUGAUUUAUUGUAACUGGGUUGGACAUGUCUGCACACCAUGCCCCCCCUAAAGUCAGCUGAUCCCCAACCAGGAGUCCUUUGUGAAGCAAUUCAGCUAGGCAGUAGGAAAAUACAUGCCCCUUGGAGCUUUUGCCCAUCAGUGGCAUGUUUGUGCACACCCACCUAUGGUGGAAUGACCACUCCUCCGAUAUACACUCUAUUGCCAAAAGUAUUCGCUCACAAACUGAGUCUGAUUAUGUGGAUGGGUGAGCGAAUACUUUUGGCAAUAUAGUGUAUUAAUCCGAUAUAGACAGAAGUCCAUCUUCUAGGCUCAGGAUGAGUAACCUGUAACCUCUUGGGCACAGCUUUCCUAACCCUAUUGAUAAACUGACAUCACUGACUGGGCUGUCUCCAUUCCAGAAGAGAAACAUAAAAAGCCAGGAAACUGUCCUUGCCCCUUUGCAAGGAACCAGUUAGUGCCAAGGAGACAAAAUGACAGAAUGACAAAGGGCAAUUUAAGGCAAAGUUGAAUGUGACUCUGAGGAGAAAUCAUAUUUCUGGCUUGCAUUGUUUCUUAAAAUGUGUCCGUCGCGCACAGUUGCAUCAGCUCUUGAUAAACUUAUUGAGCCAACAGUUUAUAUAUAUUCGUCAACCUAGGGUCAAUACAGUGAAGUGGAACAAGUCAGCAACCUGGGGGUUGAACGCAUUUCUGUUUGACUUGAACAGUGAUGGGUGCUUCCUGGGACUUGACAACUUGGUUACAUUUGCUUUGUGAAGCCAUUUUGGGGGGGGGGAAGACACCUGGGUGAAAGAACAGUGACUCGUGCAGAGGCUGCAUUGGCAGAUCUGAUGCAGCACCCUUGUAGUGCCAGAAAUCACCAGCCUUAAUUCUUUUUCUUCCUCCAAUGUCUGCUUCAGAUGCACCAACCUAAGGGCUGUCAUAUUUUCUGUAAAGACCAUUUCUGCAGUGGUCAGUUCUUUGUGGACUGCUAACUUUGCUCCAAAAGAUUAAGAAGGUAGACGGAACACUGCAGUAAGUUUCGCUGCUACUUGCUGUUAAAGAAAAUGAGUUCUCCUCUCCUUAUUCUGCGAUUUGAAAUGUACAGUACUGUAGAAACUUGCUUGCAUUACUUUAUUUUGCCCCUUAGGCUCACGAAUUCCUAACCUCUUUCUAAUGUGGAAGCUUUUACUAAAGAUUGUAUUUUAAUAAAUAUUGCUUAAUGUCUGUAUGUACUGGUUAUUGGAAUAUAUAAAGUUGUCACUUGAUCAUCUGGAA